CAUCGGCAAGUCUUGCGAGUCGACCCAGAAUGUACCCAGUCCCUCCGGAGAAAUGUCUUGAUGCCGGUCCUCGGAAAUCGUCUGCAAUCGUUACUCGCUCUCCGCUCGACGAACAUCCGAUAGCAUUUUUCGCGACGCGUUACCACGAUCAAUAAGUUAUCGAAUCAGUGACGAUAGUUCGUUUCUUUCCCUGUUCAUUUUUCGCCUCAUCGUGAGCAAAUUGUGUGCACCGUACAGUUCCGACGUCGAGUUUGAGUAUUACAUGGUUUCAACGAUAGCCCCAUACCCCAAGGCGCAGCUGCAAGGAGAAACAACGAAUUACCAUUUCACGUGACUUUUGAACGGUGUUUCGAACGGUGGAAAGUUCGCAUUCGAAAUCGAUCAUGAGGAAUCAGUGCUGAGAGUGUCGUAUUCCAUCGUCGUGUUAUGGAAACCGAGCGGUAGAUAAUUAAGGUGGACUCUGAUAUAAUUCGCUAUCAUUAAUUCGGUGAACGUUAUCGUGCAACAUGACGACUGUGACAACCACAACACAAUGCUCGCCGUCCAGGUCAUCGCUGAGUUGCUGCCAAGGCGAAGAUGGAAGUCACGAGAAUUUUCAAGUUCAAGACCCGGGAAACAACAAUUACCUUCUCCAAGAAAAACACUCGUUCCCCAAACGACCCGAAAUCGAUUUGGCCUUCAAAGAUGUCAGGUACAACGUCAGGCAGUGGAACAUUCGCAAGCUCGUUCCAGAAACAAAGGAAAUCCUACACGGAGUCAGCGGUGAAUUCAGAGCCGGCGAAUUGGCCGCUAUCAUGGGACCAUCGGGAGCUGGAAAGUCGACUCUUUUGAACGUCCUCGCCGGUUUCAAUGUUCAAGGUGCGUCCGGUGAAAUCUUGGUAAACGGCAGGAUGCGAGUAGCCCACAGCGAAAGGUGGCGUCAAACCUCCUGCUACAUUCAACAGGAUUCGCAUCUGAGGGCAGGGCUGACCGCCGGAGAGGCUAUGACCUUAGCGGCUCAUCUGAAACUCGGUUACACCAUAAGCUCGGCGUACAAACACAAUCAGGUAUUAGAACUGCUGGAGAUACUCGGUCUCAGUCACUGCUACGAGACACUUUGCGGUCGGCUUUCUGGUGGGCAAAAAAAACGACUCGACAUAGCCCUAGAACUGCUCAGCAACCCGUCGGUGUUGUUCUUGGACGAACCUACGACAGGCCUUGACUCGUCGUCGUGCAGCCAGUGCAUUGCACUGUUGAGAAGGCUCGCCAGAGUUGAGAGACGAACGGUGGUUUGCACAAUCCAUCAACCGAGCGCUCUCCAAUUCGAGAUGUUCGAUUCUUUGUACGCUCUCUCCGCCGGCCAUUGUAUCUACAGGGGGCCCAUACAGUCCGUGGUGCCGCAUCUGAGCUCCAUCGGAGCUCAGUGUCCGUCGUAUCACAAUCCCGCUGAUUUUCUAAUGGAAGUUGCGAUCGGCGAAUACGGCAUCUCGGUAGAUACCCUAGCAAUGGCGGUCAAUAAAUCGGAGUGGGCGUGUAAAAAAUCUACGAUUUACGGGUUCAAACCUGAAAUUUCUCCGCCAUCCACCGCAGUUACCAAGGACCCACCGCCUCCGGCCGGCUUUCUUGCCCAAUGCUUUCUCCUGUACAAACGGAAGCUGCUUUGUAUGAAGAGGGACCACACUCUACUGGUCGUUAGACUUUUGUGCCACCUGCUUAUCGGCGUGAUAUUUGGUUAUUUGUACAGAGGUAGCGGUUACCGAGCCACCGGAGUUCUCGCUAACUACGCCUACCUCUACGGAUCGUUAUUGUUGAUAGUUUACACCGGAAAGAUGGCCGUCACAUUGGCAUUACCAUUAGAGAUGCAAAUUCUAACGAGAGAACAUUUCAAUCGAUGGUAUCGACUCGCUCCGUACUACAUAAGUACCUUGCUCUUCGAGAUACCGUUUCAGGCGGCUUGCGCGGCUACUUAUCUCGCCGUAAGUUAUUGGCUCACCGGACAACCGAUCGAAACGCACAGGAUCUUGUGUUUUCUCAUAGUCAGUAUAGCCGCAAGUUUGACCGCACAGGCGUGGGGAUUCUUCAUCGGCGCAACGGCACCCGUCAGGAUCGCAGUAUUCGCCGGUCCGAUUAUCGCUGUCCUCUUCUCCGUGUUCGGAUUCUGCAUUCGCUACAUGGACACGCCAGCCGCGUUUCGCUGGAUUUUUCACAUAUCGUACUUCAGAGCGGGCUUUCACAGCCUCGUUUACACCGUCUACGGUUUCGGGAGGACCGAUCUCAACUGCGAGGACGUUUACUGUCACUACAAGAAACCGAUCAAAUUUUUAAAAGAAAUGGAAAUAAACGACAUCAACGUCGUUAACAACUUGGUUCUCAUAGUCGGCAUCGGAGUUUUGAUGCAUCUAUUAACCGCCAGCGCACUUUGGUGCAAAUUGAAUCGAAGAUAAUACGAUAAAAUGGAUCGAUGGACAGGAACGUUCAAUUUUUUUUCCAAUUACAAAAUUAACUUCGAAAGUGCGUUGAAACGCGUGUGCAGCAGAACUGCAUCGAUAUUUUGCAACGGACAUUAUUUUCACCGUCGUUCGGCACGUAUAUCUGUACGAUGAGGCGGAAAAUUUUUACACAUUAUGGAAAAAUUUCUUCACGGGAGAAGCGAAUCGCGAUAAAUUAUCGCGCACUCGGAAUGAAAUAUAGUGUAAUGUGCGAUGCGAUUAUGCACUGAUCGGAAUACUUAAAGCCACGAUCGAUCGGUAUUAAAAUUUUUAUUUCUAAUUUUAUAUCGCUGUUUUUUUUGUUUUUUUUUCUUAAUUUUAUUUACCAGAAACCGAUUGCACAAGAAGAGAAAGAAUCAAUUUUUUUUCACAAGAUCUCGACACAUGAAGUUGCUCUCUGAAGCGGGGAACGAGUCCGAUGCGAUUACUAAAUUCUUCGGUUAAGAAAUACCGAUGAUGGUGUAGUAAUUGAUUAAAAAAUAAAUAAAUAAAUAAAUAACAUAAUAUAAUAUAAUGAACGGCACGUGGAGCUGAACUCUGGUGAAUAUAUAAUAUGUGGUCGUAUCUAUACUCUGUUGUGAUAUUACUGCAUAAAUGAUUUUUAUUGUGUGGCACUGAUAGUUACAAAGCUGAUAGGUUUAACAAUUAGGAGGCUCUCUUAAUCAAUGAGAUCUCAUGAAUUUCUCUGACCCGCGUAUAUUCGUUUUAUUGUUUUUCGUGAGCACAGAGAGAGUGAAAGAUAUUUUAUUUGUUUUCAAUUAGCUGAUUAGCGGAAAUAUUUUCCGCACUUAUUAGGAUAAUAAGAAAGCAAACAAAAAACAAAAAAAAAAGAAGAAAUUUCUUAUCGCGUACUUUACAUAUUAGAUGAUCCCUCCGUAUAAUCUCAUAUGGGCGCCAUACAUGAUUGGCGUUGGGCAUAAAAAAUAUAUCUCUUACAGGGUGAAUCGUUCCUAAUAAAAAUAAACUUGCAACGUUAUUCGUUGGGUUAUAUUUAUGGAACGUAAUCGUGAAGGACUGUAAAUUGAGUAAUGAUGAAAGUCAAUAAUAAUUGCCUAUGUAUUUUUGUAUUAUGUUUAAUUCUUAGAUUAUAAUUAAAUUAAAUUAUUGUAUAAUUGAUUGUUA